AUGAAAGGUGGAGGAAAGAAAAGGAGACAAAACUCUAAGAAUUCUAGGACUGAUUCCAGUGAGAGCACCAAUGGUACUUCAACAUCCAUCUUGGUAAACAAAGAUGUAGUAUCAACAAGCAGUAACCAUGGUGAUGAUGAGGAAGAGGAUGAGCCUCCAGGAAAAUCACAAUUUAAGACAAAAAGGAGUCAUGAGUUGGAUGCAGAUGAGCUUGGCACAGCGUACACUAAAGUCUUCCAGAAACUAGGCUUCAGUUGUGACCCUGCAUCUCAGAGAUUCAAGAGUCAGAAGCCAUUCCAAAAGGCCAAGGUCCACUACUUCAACAAACGGCUGAAGAAGAGUCACGACCCUGACCUUAACUUGAGAAAGAAGCCGCUCCACAUCAGAUUCAGUGAUGAAGAUUCCAUCGAUGAAGACGUCGACAAUGACGAGGGAAGAAAUGCAAGGUCUUCAAAGGAAAGAACUGGAGAUUGCGUUGAGGGUGAAGAGCAGAGGAAUAAACUCACCUGUAAGGUUGGCAAGAGCAAUGUCCUGGGCAAGGUGAGGGGGUUCCUGGAGAGGGAAGAAGACUUGGAUGACAUCGGUGUCAGUUUCCAUGGUAAUGAAGAUGAGGACUCGGACAGUGAUCUUGAUGCAAACAUGGGAGCUUCAACAGAGAAUAUGGAAGAAGAUAAGGCUGAUGGGAGAUUGUCUUUUGAGAAUGUUAGCAAAUUCCAUGGUGACAUUUUGUUAGAACGUAAAGAUGAAGGUUUCCCUAGCAACAAGGAGGUAGAUGAGACUGUUGAUGAUGGAGUAAAUAGUAAGGAUGUUAACUUGGAUGAAAAGGGAGAUGCUGGACCAACAGACCUACAAGAACUUGAAGAAUCAGGACAGAACACAUCAAGCAAAGUUGAGACAAUAUCAGAUAAAUCUGAGAGAAUAGAGAACAUAGCUGAAAGAAAAGAUACAAAGGCAGAAGAAAGGACAAAGGGAAAAAAGGGUAGACAUCGGAAGUAUGCUCCAAAGCAUGACAUUGCUGGAGGCAGUAAGGAACUGAACAAGUAUUGGGCUCAGCGGUACAGACUCUUCUCAAAGUUUGAUGAAGGCAUCAAGUUGGAUGCAGAGGGCUGGUAUUCUGUGACACCUGAGAGGAUAGCUGAACAUCAAGCAGAGAGAUGUCGGUGUGACUUGAUCGUUGAUGCUUUCUGUGGGGCCGGGGGCAACGCCAUCCAGUUUGCCUUUACAUGUGAACGAGUGAUAGCAGUAGACAUCGACCCCGCCAAGAUCGAGUUAGCCAGACACAACGCUGCGGUCUACGGGGUGGCAGAUAGGAUCGAUUUCAUCGUUGGAGACUUCUUCAAGGUGGCAGAUGACCUGAAAGCAGAUGUGGUGUUCUUGAGCCCUCCCUGGGGGGGACCCAAGUACCUCAAGUCCGACGUCUUUGAUGUUUUCACCAUGAUGGACAUUGAUACUGCAGCCAUGUUUGAGAAGGCCAGAUGCAUCUCAGAAAAUAUUGGUUUCUUUGCUCCAAGGAACACUAAUGUUGACCAGUUGGCUUCCCUCGCUGGACCAGGAGGACGCAUGGAGAUUGAGCAGAACUUCUUGAACAAGAAAAUAAAAACCAUCACAGCCUACUAUGGAGAGCUUGUAGGAGGAUCAUGAUUUUGAUUUUUUAAUCCAUUAAGGCUGUACUCUCCAUUCCCAUACGGUUGCACAGGAAGCAUCCAGUUCCAGUAUUCAAGAGGUUAAAAUUUUGGGUCUUCAGGAACUGUCUGGGGGCCCAUUGCCUGAAAGUGAUUGACUGUAAUCCUAAUAUCGUCAUCCAGUGUUAACUACCAUGGUAACGAUCCUCAACAGUCAAUCACAAGAAUUCCUUUGGAGGUAUUUACCGUUGGAUGCCAAAGUUACCAUGGUAAUGUUUAUACUAUGUGUCCAGAAUUAGUUGUACAUGUACAUGAGAGGCAGUCUUAUUUGAUCAUGUGACGGGACUAUACAGUGGACAUACGAAAAAUUCAUUUAAUUCAUUUAUUCAUUUAAUUUUUAACUAUUUUCUAUCAAGUAGUUGUUACUGUAUGAGUCAAUGCUUUCUUUAUAGAUAUUUCUGUGACUUUUUACACAAACUUUUUUAGACACAAGUUCUUAUUUUGUCUCCAUAUGCAAGUGGAAAUUUGCGUGCGAUAAUCAUCUGUAUUAUAGUGCCCAGGACUUCUCUUUCAAUUUAAGCAGUGCAGUUGUGGCAAAGCACAAGACCCAUGAAUAAAAUGAACUCUGACAUUAUUAAGCCAUAUUCUUCAAAUCAAUCAAAUGGAUUUGGUGACACUGACUUGAAACGCAAGUGAUGAUUGAGAUAUGAUGCAUCAUCUACAUAUUUUAUUCUGAGGUUCUCAAUAACCAUUUCCUUGGCUUAAUAACCAGUGGCAGUGUUUACUGUUGAGAGUUUUAUAAGUUGUUAAUUUACUCAAAGAUUUAUUCAAUGGAACUAGUUUAAAAGGGAAGCUUAAACAAUUAUCAGACGUGGUUACAUUUGAAAUGCUCCCCAUCAGUUAAUGAUGCCUUCCUUGCCCGGGUUUUACAUUUACUACUUUUUAAAAUACUUUGGUGUUUUUACGUUUAGUACAUUUUAUUUCACUUUUUUUAAGCCCUGCUUUAUCUUUUACUCCAGUUUGUAAACUUUACCAUUUAAUUUGAAAUGAAAAUAUAAUCUCGACAUGAUAUAGGCCAUCCUCAAGGCCUCAAGCCAGUCUGCAAGCUCAGACUCAUAUUUGAUGCUUCAACCAAUAACAGGUCUAGAGUAAAGACUAGACUCCUAAGACUCUUGUCUGUGAGCCAGCCACAGUGCACAUUGAAUCUAGUCUCACUACUUCAGACUCUGUAUUAUGUACUAUGCAAAUUGCGAAAACCAAGUGUCUGUGCCUGCAGACCAGCUGCUGGCCUGGGCCUUCAGCUUGGACUGAGUCAUAUUAUAAUUUACAAGGUUGAUAGGAGAAGCCUUGUGACUCUAAACUCUGUGCCAUGGCUCUAUCCCUGAUGGUGAUUGUAGCAAAUCAUGUGCUUCAAUGUGAAAGAGCAGCUCAUUGGAAUCAUCGUCAUAAGAAUAAAAAAUAUAAUGAUUUGUAA